AUGCACACGAAUCGUUCAACAACCAGGAUAAGAUAUUACAGCGACGGAGACAGUGACCGUGAGGUACAUUUGAAUACGGAUGACAGUGAAUCUAAUUAUUAUAGAACCUUUGUUGGAAUCAUUGAGAUGAAAAUUUCCAUCAUUACAGCCGUUUUUGCUAUGGCAACGACGAGUUUCGCCAGUCAGGGCGAAGUUACUUAUCACGAGACACACAAGCCGGUAGAGAUUCCAAUAUAUAAGAAAUAUGCUAUCCCCAUACCACAUCCGGUUCCAGUAUCGGUUCCACAACAAAUCAGGGUACCAAUUCCCCAACCAUACCAGGUUCAAGUUCCCGUGCCACAUCCAGUACCUGUCGAAGUAGUGAAACACAUCGAAAUUCCCGUAGAAAAACUAGAACCAUACUACGUUGAAAAAAAAGUGCCAUAUGUUGUUGAAAAACCUUAUGCAGUGACCGUGGAGAAACAUUUUCCAGUACCAAUACCAAAACCAUAUCCAUUACAUGUACCUAUUUAUAAACAUGUAUUUCAUCAUCAAAGUAAAGACUGGGAUUUCUGA